CCUAUCUUCUUUAUCAAUAAAAAAAAAAAAAAAAGAUAAUGUAGUUCUGCACUGUUACUCCUAUCUCUUCCAAUCGUAAUCCCAUUGAUUUAGUUCUUCUAUGGUCAUACCCUAACUCCAUUUUGAUAUUUUAGUACCAAAAUAUUGUCUCUGCAGAAGAUUUGAAGACCGGCCAACAUGGUAGACCGGUGUUUGAUCAAGAACGAUGUCACUGAAUUGAUAGGUAACACACCAAUGGUGUAUCUGAAUAAAAUUGUUGAUGGUCGCGUGGCUCCUAUAGCUGCCAAGCUCGAGAUGAUGGAGCCUUGCUCUAGCAUCAAAGACAGAAUCGCUUGUAGUAUGAUUAAAGACGCAGAAGAGAAAGGAUUGAUUACUCCCGGAAAGAGUACAUUGAUUGAGGCAACGGGCGGUAACACCGGGAUUGGUUUAGCCAGCAUAGGGGCUUCAAGGGGAUAUAAAGUGAUCCUUUUGAUGCCUUCAACGAUGAGCUUAGAGAGGAGAAUCAUCCUGAGAGCAUUAGGUGCAGAGGUGCAUCUCACAGACAUGAACCUAGGAAUUAAAGGACAGCUGGAGAAAGCUGAAGAUAUAUUAAGCAAAACUCCUGGUGGUUACAUUCCACACCAGUUUAUAAAUCCUGAAAACCCCGAGAUUCAUUACAGAACCACCGGUCCCGAGAUAUGGAAAGAUUCAGCGGGGAAAGUAGAUAUCUUGGUCGCUGGUGUUGGAACUGGUGGAACGGUUAGUGGGACAGGGAAGUUCCUCAAGGAGAAGAAUAAAAACAUCAAGGUUUGUGUGGUAGAACCGGCAGAAAGUGCGGUACUCAGCGGGGGAAAACCAGGUCCACACUUGAUCCAGGGAAUAGGCUCUGGUGAAAUUCCAACCAAUUUGGAUUUAACCGUUGUUGAUGAAAUCAUUCAAGUGACGGGUGAGGAAGCCAUUGAAACGGCUAAGCUUCUUGCUAUCAAAGAAGGACUGUUGGUUGGAAUAUCUUCUGGAGCAUCAGCAGCGGCUGCGUUAAGGAUUGCAAAGCGGUCAGAAAAUAAAGGGAAACUCAUUGUGGUGAUUUUUCCUAGUGGAGGAGAACGUUAUUUAUCGACUGAAUUGUUCGAGUCAGUCAGAUAUAAAGCAGAGAAUUUGUCAGUUGAAUGAGUCUAGGAUUUGGAGAUGGUGGUACUAAGAUUACAGCUGGAUCAUUGUCGGCCAUUAUAAAAUCAAUAAGAUCGUUACAUAUCUUCUAUGAUGACCAAUCAGGAGUUGUUCGUUUACUAUUUCCAAUAAAAUCUCCGGUUUAAAUUUAGUAGAGGAUAUCCUGAUCAUAUUGUUGCGAUAUAUUUGAGCUGAUAAUCCGAUUACUAGA